CGGCCAGUCGCGCUCGUCUCGCCGCGCCGCCCGCGCUCGUAUUGCGCACCUCCCGCCAAAACACAAGUUUUUAUAAAGAGUGCGUGACUGUUUUUUUUUUUCGAAUAAACUUUUUAAAUUCGCCUGCACGGCCAGUGCCAUUGAUGAGUUCCGCCGGCGCUGCACCGUGCCACGCGCGACAUCAGAAUCAACUACGCCGUCACCGACGCGUAGACUACAUGACACCGACGAAGAGAUCACGAAUCGAUGUACCGAAACGAUGAAACGCAGAAAAAAUGACACAGACGGUCUCCCUGCUGAAAUUCAUAAAAAUACCGAAGAAGCUGCAGCGUAGACGUCGCGGCUAAUGGAAUAAGGGACACAAACACUCACUGCCACUGAAGUGCCUUACGAAAAACCAACGACAAAACACGUAGUAGUGACAAGAGUUUUAAAGAAUUAAAAAAAAAUUAAAGUGGUGCUCGGAUACAAUAAAGUAGAGUAGACAAAAUAAUGUUAGUGGACGCAACGGAACGGGAAACACUUAAGACUUAAGGCGUUUACAAUGUUAGACGUUUUUCGCGGUUUAAAGAAUCUUAUUAAAGUGAACUAUAUACACAUCGACUCGCCUGUAUUCCGCCUGCAUUACUCUAUAACGGUGAUCCUGCUGAUAUCGUUCAGCCUGAUCGUCACGACGAGGCAAUACGUGGGCAACCCGAUAGACUGCAUACAUACUAAGGACAUUCCCGAGGACGUUCUGAACACGUACUGCUGGAUCCAUUCCACGUACACUCUGAAGAGUUUCUUCAACAAGAAGGUGGGUGUCGAGGUGCCGUACCCCGGCAUCGGGAACAGCCGCGAGAAAGGGAAGGAAGACAUGAGCGACAGGAAGAUCUACAAAUACUACCAAUGGGUCUGCUUCUGCCUGUUUUUUCAGGCUAUGCUGUUCUACGCGCCCCGGUGGCUGUGGAAGUCGUGGGAGGGGGGCAAGAUCCGAGCGCUGAUGAUGGACCUGGACGUGGGCGUCUGCACCGAGAUCGAGAAGAAGACCAAGAAGAAACUCAUACUGGACUACCUGUGGGAGAACCUGCGCUACCACAACUGGUGGGCGUACCGGUACUACCUGUGCGAGGGACUUGCUCUUGUCAAUGUCAUAGGGCAAAUGUUCCUCAUGAACCGGUUCUUCGACGGCGAGUUCAUGACUUUCGGACUGGAUGUCAUCGCGUACAUGGAAUCCGAUCAAGAGGACCGCAUAGACCCCAUGAUUUACAUAUUCCCAAGAAUGGUAAAAUGCACAUUAUUCAACAAAUUCGGCUCGUCAGGCGAGGUGGAGCGGCACGACGCGCUCUGCAUUCUGCCGCUGAACGUCGUCAACGAGAAGAUCUACGUCUUCCUCUGGUUCUGGUUCGUCAUCCUCGGAUUCCUCACCUUCAUCACCUUGCUGUACCGGCUCGUCAUCAUCUUCUCCCCACGCAUGCGGGUCUAUAUGAUGCGCAUGCGGUUUCGUCUAGUCAGACGCGACAACGUGGACACGAUAGUCAGAAGAAGCAAAAUGGGCGACUGGUACCUACUCUACAUACUCGGAGAGAAUCUAGACUCCGUAAUAUUCAGAGACAUAAUGCACGAGUUCGCGAACAAACUCAAUCACAAUUACCAGCACCACAUUCAUGGAGUGCCAGACGCGUGACCUCCGAUUCCCGGGUGGGUGUUCCACACGUGACUGACGUCGUUGCAGCGUGACAUGGACCCGCCUGUAUGAAGCGCUUCGGUGUGAUCAGCAACAGGGAGUGGAACCUCUCUAUCUGUCUGAAAUAUGGAAGUGUGGGCCCAGUGCGCUGCCCUGAGAUACCCUACCUGAUGUGGACAAUACUAGGGAGUGUAAAGACUUAUCGUUCGAAACUAUCCGUAAUCGUAAGAAUCUUGACAGUGCAAUUCUAAACACGCAAUAAUAGUUUGUACUUACUUAAUCUUUAAGAACGUGAUCUCAGGAUGAAUCCUAUCGAAGGCCUUUGUAAAGUCAGCAAUUGAGGCUGCUCCGUUAGAGUAUCUAGUGUUCAACUUUUAGAAAUAUUUUAUUAAUAGUUUCGCUGCUCGUAGUGAUUGAUAAAACAGCUUUCUUCUUUUCUAUUCUAGUUAAUAAAUAAUCGAAUGUAAGCACACGGAUAGCACACAACUUAUCUUUUAUACACAAUUUCUCACCAAUUUAUCAAAUAUUUGACAGACCAAUAAAGCAAUACUUAAUAUUAAAAGUAUGGUAGUAACGGUAGAUAAAGUAAACACUGUAAGAUGCUGAAGUCAAAAAAAUAUUCCAAUGAGUUUGUCUUUUUUGUAGCUUGAUAAACCGUGACAAUUUGUGUAUACUUUUACGUGCCAAAAGACAUU